AUGUUGUUAUUGUUGUCAUGGGGUGCUUCAACUUGACCGCGGGAAGAUGUAACGUGGCUCUAUUAAUACUAUCAUUCUUAGCGUGCUUUCCGUCUAGACCUAUGAGUCUAAUGACAUUACGCAGUUUACGUGCGAUUAACUGCUAUGCUAAAUUCUAAACGUCGCGUUUCACUUACUGUGCCUGUCGAUGAUGCAAAGGCGAACAAAAAACUUGCAUGUGCUGGACUGUAGCCUGUGAAUAGGCCUAUGUAAACAGGAAGGAGUGAAGCCGCCGAGUGGGAGGGAGAAAAUCCUAAAGAAACAGCGCCUUUGCAGCUUCUUUGUGGAAUAAAGUCUAUUAACAACUAGACUAAUGUGGCUUUGACAGUUUUUCUCUCCAUAACCAUAUGUAAUCGAAGAGGAAAUGCGUUAGUGUUAACCGUGCUUGAAAAAUCCAAGCUGAACAAGUAUUACACUCGUAGUUUCACUACCACGCUUAGCCUGCACUUGCUUUAUAAUAUUUAUUUUCCGGUUUCAGAUAUUAGAAAGCCGAAAUGAAAUUGCGUCGGGUAGAUUAUAAAGAAAUUGCCAAAUUUAUAGAGCACCUCAGACCAACAAGACAGUGCAUGAAGAUGUUAAAGGAAAAGUUUCCCAGUCAAUCGCAGUCCACUCUGUUGAGCAUCUUCUCCCUGGAGUACCAGAAACGUAUUAAAAGGAACCAUGCAAAACAUCACUCUGCUGAAACCAUUGAAUACUACUAUCAAAGGUAUCUGAAUGAGAUGAAGCGCAAUCAGGCUGCUCCUGUCCUUUUGGAGUUAGCCAAUGAGGUGGACCUUGCCCCAUCACUUAUGGCUCGCAUCAUCUUAGAGCGGCAUUAUCAAGAACUGAAUGGUGUACCAUCACCUAAAUCUGUCCUAAACAGUAUGCUACGAGAUCCUACUUUAAUCGCUGACAGACAUCUUUCUGACCAGGUGUAUCAGUGCACAGUGAAUGACUGCUGUUACGGGCCAUUGGUAGACUGCAUCAAACACGCCAUUGGACAAGAACAUGAAAUUCUGCUGCGAGAUAUGCUUAAAGAAAGAAAUCUGUCCUUUUUAGAUGAAAACCAGCUGCGUGUUAAAGGUUAUGACAAAACACCUGAUAUCAUACUGGAGGUCCCAAUUGUUGUGGAAGGACAUGUAAUUCACUGGAUUGAAAGCAAGGCUUCCUUUGGAGAUGAUUAUAGUCAUCGAUCUUAUCUUCAAGACCAAUUUUGGAGUUAUUGGAAUAGGUUUGGGCCUGGACUAGUUAUCUACUGGUAUGGAUUUAUUGAAGAGCUUGAUUGUCAUCGUGAACGUGGCAUUCUGCUGAAAGACUGCUUCCCUUCAGACAUCGUAACGUUAUGCCAUAGUGCAGCCCAGAGUCAACUCUGAAAGAAAAGGGAGGAUGAAUCCGGAAGCAAUGUUGCUUUCCUGCAGUGCAAACUACUGGCAAGCAUCUGCCCUGAACUCCAGAUGAACUCCUGCUGUCUGGACUUCUGCUAAUAGCCGCACUCGGAGUUUCUGCUUAACCUCAGUGCCAUGCUUGUGUAAAUGGCCAAAAACCGACAGACACGUCCCAUUCGUUAUCGCCAAUUCUGUCUCUGUCUAGUGGAGUAAAAGAUAGUAGUAAGCAUUUUUGCUUCCCUCAUGCCAGACGAAUUGUAAAUUUGAUGUUUAAAGUACAAUGGAUUAUUAUUUUUGUAGCCCUUUGCUGUUGUAAGCAAUAAUGGCGUCUCAUGGUUUCUUGUAAGCAAAGCAUUUUAUACUUCAACUGUACCAUCAACCCUUUUUGCUUUUUUUCCUGUUCGUGGUAUAAAGUGCUGCUGUUGUUAUCAUCAUGGAGAUAAUACUCACAAACAACUCACAUAGCCUCUUUUCUGUGCAAUUUAUUUUGCCUCUGCUUUUCCCCACAAUCAAAUAUUUCGCCGUGGGGUCUGCUAUAGUCAAAUGAUUUGCCUUAAAGUUUCUCUUGUUGCUGUCUCUGCUAACAUUUCAUUUUAGUUUGUUUAGAUCAACUGUAGUCUAAGCAGAUGUUUGUUUUUUUGGGAUGAGAUAUUUUUGGGGGGGCCAUAGAAUCAAAAUUUAACUUUAGACGCUUUCUCGUUGCAACAGGAACUUCAUAUCCAUGCCUUAAAUUUGUGUUAUACUCAAAAGUUACAUAAAAUCUUGAAUGUUUGAUUGCUGCUGUUCUCUUCGUUGUUGUACUCUUUGGAACUUGAACUUUACAGCCAGGACUUCUUUUUAUGAGGUGGUCUCUAGUGAGUGCUAAUGGAAUAAACAUUGCCAAGCCAGAGAACAGAAGUGUGCAUAAAAUUGAAUGAUGCUUUCAGUGGCGUAUACGGUCUUGCCAUAGGGGUCUUUUGCACUGAGAAUAAAACCCUUUAUGUUACACCUCAUCACAAUGGCAGCCCAUGUUAGACUGGCAAAAUAACCCCAUAAUAGCAUUGUGUGUGCAUUAAAAUAAAUGAUUUAUAGAGACAAGUUUACAGAGUACUUUGUAGCAGAAAAUUAAUCAUCUUCACUAAAGUAUAAAGAGUCAAGAGCCUGGUCUACAGGAACUGCUUGUAUUGUGUUACAAUAGAAACCCAGGGAGCUCAACUGAAUCAGCUUUGUCCUGCGCCCAAGUCGCUCGAGUCAACACCAGGAGUUAUUCAGACAUGUCAGUAACCUGUGUGCUUUUGACGCACUGCUGCCCACUUGAAAACUUUGCUUCUGCGCGUGUAUUUUUAGCACAUUUUCUUGAACACUUUUUUAGUCAUAGGAAAUGACUAUCCUCCUGACAAGCCUCUCCGGUGUCAGGCUCAAAUAUUGGCAAUUCGUGGCGUGUAUUUUUUUACCUUUGACCCUUUAGCGUUUAGACCAAUCCUGUUCAGGAGCUUUGUCGAUAAAGAGCAAUAGGUCGGUCACACAAAGGUCACAGAAAAUACAUAAUUUCCUUGGUCAUGCCCUUCCAGAAUGAUACGUGAAGUGUCUCUAAGGGCGUAGUUAACAUUUCAUCAUGGGAUGUCAUGCACUGCCUGCACUUUACCUUUUUUUCUUUUAAAGUGAUUGCAUUUAAGUGCCAGAAAAGUUUAAAAGGGGGAAAAUGUAAUUUUGAAUUAAACCAUGAACAGCAGAUUCAGUUCCUCUUGUGUGUUCUCCUUUCCUGCUAUUGUUCAAAAGGUGGCUAUUAUACAAAGAGCAGCUUAGGUCAUUACUACAAAUUAGACCACACAAUACAAAAAUAAAAUCUAUUUUAGAAAUGUAUUAAAGAAGUCUCGAUAUAGCUGACAGUUUCCACCCUCCUAAAAUACACAUAACAACAAUGGGCUGCAUUAAAUCUUUCUUGUUUCCUAA